AUGAUUAAAGCUAUUUGUGAAUCAAUUUCUGUUCCUGAUAUUACAUUUACUACUACUACUGGUAGAUCACUGGGAGAGAGUUUAAUACUAAACUGUACAGUUGAUGUACAUGACUUAUACAAUAUUAGUGCUAAUAUCAGUAUAGUAAGAAAUGGAGAACUUAUUACUAGUGCUACUGGAUCUGGUGAUACUACAGCAAUGAUUAUGAUUGAUUCAUUAAGGUCAUCUGAUGCUGGAGACUAUCAAUGUAUUGUUAAUGUUACUCAAUCUGGCACAUACUAUGAAUUUAACGGAACAGAAUCUGCCCAAGUGAUACUUACAUUACCAACUCCUAUUGUUAUUGUUGAGUAUAAUGUUACUGCACAUUUAGUAGAUGGAGAACUAGCAGAAGGACAGUUUCUUGAUAUUAUGUGUAUAGCUGACAUCAGUCAAUAUAUUGAUACUAGUGUUAGUGUUACUAUGAGUUGGAGGAGAAAUAACACUGUACUGACCAAUGGAAGGGAUUUUACUAUCAGUCCUCCAGUUAUAACUAAUAAUGAGUACACUGGUGUGUUACGUAUUAAUAGUUUAAGAGAUGAAGUUGAUAAUGGUGCUAGUUAUAAUUGUUCAGUUAGUGUGACUCCUAAUACUCCUUUUAUAAUAGCAGGAAAUGAUAAUAGCAGUGCAGUUACAUUAUCUGUAUCAAGGUUUGAUAUCAAUCAUGUUGAUAUAAGUAUCAAUAUUCCUUCUGUUCCUGUUGCUGGUGAUGUAUUCAAUUUAUCUUGUGUCAUAGUUGUACCUCCUAAUUUUGUUGAGAAUCUUACUAGUGUCAGAUGGACUUAUGAUUUAGAAGCAUCUCAAGAUGUGACUAGUGAAAACAAUGAUGCUACACUAGUACCUGUUGUUAGAAAUGGAAAUAUAUUCACCAGUGUACUUACACUUGAUCCAGUGAAGACAACUGAUGCUAGACAAUAUUACUGUCAAGCAACAAUUCUAGUAUUUGGCACUGUAGAUCGUACUAACAGAGAUUUAACUGUUCAAAUACCUCCUCCCAGUAUAUCAAUAGUUGCUGAUCCUCCAACUGGUCCAAUAUAUGAGAGUACAAGUUACUUACUAACCUGUACAGCUACAGUAAACACUACAAUAGUGAAUACACCAGUAACUGCUAGUGUAGUAUGGACUGAUCCUAGUGGUAAUGUCAUACCAACUAAUGAAGCAAGACGUCAAGUGAUACCUAUAACUGGUAACAGUCUUGUAAGCAUGCUAUUGUUUCAACCUAUUGAUACUGGUCGUAAUAAUGAUGGAGGAACAUAUACCUGUCAAAUGAUCAUCAAUUCUAAUAACUCAUUUAUAGCAUCAAGUCAACCUACUAAUGCUACCCUUCCUGUUACUGUUGAAAGUCUUCCUCCAAUGACAGUAGAUUUCCCAUCAGUUGGUUCAGUUGAAGUUGGUCAGAGUCUAACUAUAACAUGUACCAUAACAACAGUUGAGAGAUUAGUAGUAACACCAAUGAUUACUUUCACCAAAAUGAAUGAUACAGAUAUGGAAAUGCUCUCUAACUUAAAUAGACCAUGCAGUAUCACAACAGAUGAUACUGGUUCAGUUACUAACUAUACUCUAGUACUGGAUCCAGUGAGGUUUGAAGAUGCUGGAAUGUAUACAUGUAUGGCUGAGUUUAAUGUAACUGGUUUUAAUAAUACCAAUGAUCCUAGCACUGCUACUUAUGACUAUCAAGAGGAUAGUGAUGUCUUUAAUUUGAUUGUUGACUUUCCACCAGUAAUUGUUGCUAUAUCAAAGGAACAUGAUGAUACAUUAUAUGCAGGGACACCAUUCUUCAUUAAAUGUGACAUAAUGUUGAACCCAUUAGUUACUAUACCAGUGACUGUCACUAAUCAAUGGACACGUGAUGGCACUAAUGUUCCUAUGGGUUCAUCUGAUGCUACUAUUACUGAGGGUCUCAAUAUGAUCAAUACAUUACAUUAUAAUGCAACAUUAAUGUUCUAUCCAUUGGAUAAUGCUAAUGACACUGGAAUGUAUACUUGUAAUGUUCAAGUGACUGCUCCUAAUAGUUACAUGUAUCUCAGGAAUACGUCAGCUAUUGCAAAUACCUUUAUUACAAUUCUUGACCCAAUGAUUAGGAAUUUCUCAUCCUAUCCCAACUCAUUUCUGGGUCUGGAGACAUCAUGUCCAGAUUCAGACCCAUAUGAUAACUUCACUCUUACCUGUACAGCCACUAAACCAACCAUAGUAAUACCAAACCUGGUAAUAGCAUGGAUACAUAAUGGUACAAUAGAAACUGGUACUGUGACUACUACUGGAGGGAAUAUGACUACCACUGUUACUAAUACAUUGAGUUACAACACCAGUAGGCCUUCUGAUUCUGGUACUUAUAAAUGUACUGCUAGUAUUAAUUCAGCUACAAUCAUGACUAGUAAUGAAACAACUGUGACUAUAAAAUCUCAGAGUCUACCUGUCCCUGUUACUAAUGUAACAGCUACUCCAGGAACAACUACUGCUGCUAUAUCAUUCAUAAUACCUAACAUUGCCUAUACACCUGAAACCUACAGUGUUAAGUAUACUGGAGCAAUCUUAGAAACAACAGAACAAACUUCAAUCAUAAGAAUGAGCUCUGGUGACAUCACUGCGAUUAACCAAGAAUUUAUAAUCAUGUUGACUGGUCUUGAGGAAGAUAACACUUAUACAUAUACAGUUGAUUCUACCAAUUGUCUUGGUACUACUAGUACUGCAGAGAUGAUCUUCAGAACACUUCCAACAUUGCCAGUUGCUCCUCCAAUGGAUUGUGCUAAUACAACAUUCUUACCAUAUAAUGUCACACUUACCUGGACUGAACCACCACUAGUAGAUCAAAAUGGAAAAGCAGUUGGUUAUUAUUUAUUAUGUACGGAUACUAAUGGUAUAUCAGUCAAUGGAUUGAGCCCAACACGAUCUUCAACAAACACAAUGUUCACUAUUACUGAUGUUAUGCCUUUUACUGGUUACACUUGUUUUCUCGCGUUUAUCAAUGUAGUAGGAGAAGGACCCAUUACCCAGUGUACUUUUGAAACAGCUCAAGAUAUACCAAAUGACACUCCUCAGAAUUUCACUUCAAUACCUGAUAAAACAGCAGUUACUUUUACAUGGACUAAGCCAGCUACUCCUAAUGGAGUAAUCAUUGAAUAUUCACUGAAUGUCAUCAAUCAAGAUGUGCCAAGAAUGCAUAACUAUACAUUACUUGCACCUGUCAAUCAAACUACAGUCACACAAUUAGUUGAUGGUUUCAGUCCAUAUCAGAAUUACACUGCUAGUGUUAGUGCUAGUACAAUCAUUGGAGCUGGACCAGUGGCUACUACUGGAGGAAGAACACUACCAGACAUUCCUAGUUCACUUCAUCUGGUAGUGUCUCCAGUUGUCAUUAAUAGUUUAACAGUAGCUUAUACUGUACCAGUUCUUAAUGAAACUACUAUCAAUAUAACAUGGAGCCCACCAUCUCAUUCUAAUGGAGAAAUCACUGGAUUUAUUGUUAGAAUAGCUACUGAUGCUAUUACUAGUUCUGAUGAUGUUCCAUUUGUACCUGGCAAAGCAGCUUGCUCAUUUAUAUUUGGAGGAUUAAGGUCAAGGGUACCUUAUUAUGUAUCAGUUGUUACAGUCAAUCGAAUUGGUGAGGGAAAGUCAGCAAAUGCCAUUGUCUUCACAAAAGCUGACAGUAGUGUUACAGUAUCACCAUUAAAUGUACAAACAAUGAGAAUAGGAAAUACAAUAGUGUUAUCAUGGGAUCCAGUGACACUAGAAGAAGCUAAAGGAUUCUUUGUAUACAGUAUCAGAUUAACUCCUGAUGAUGGUAGCACUAGCAGUACAUUAAGACAAACUAAUACAAGAACUAUAUCAGUAGCUUAUGAUACCACAUCAGUUAAUAUAACUGAUACUGAACCACAGUUAGCUUAUACUGUGAGUAUUAGUGUAUUGCUAUUGAGCGAUGUAGGACUAAUUGAAGGACCAGCUGUGAUUGUAGUAUUUCCAUCAAACAUUACUGGUACUACUACCACUAGUAGUACUGAUUCUACAUUAAGUAUUUCAGUGAUAUCAGCUACAGUUUCAGUCUUGAUUAUAUUUGCUUUAGUGAUGAUCAUUGUUAGUAUCAUUUGUGUAAUAAUUUAUAAGAAAAAAUGGAACAAGUAUAAUAUAAGUAAAACUGAUGACAUUGAUAUAACACCUAAUGCAGGAUAUGGUAUGAUCAAGAAUCCAACCACAGGAAAUGAAGAUGGAGUCUAUGAAAGAAUGGGAGAUGAUCAGGUUUAUGAACAAUUAGAUGAACCUAAUCUGCUUGUUGCAAGAGAAAGUGCUGCUGACACUAGUAGUACAACAUAUGAAAAUACUGCUACUAGUGUGGCUAUUGCUACAGAUUCUAGCCUUCAUGGUGAAGAAAACAAUGAAAAGGUGUAUGAGCUGACUGAUACUGAUUUAUAAUAAUUCGUCAUGCAUUCAUCACUCUUAUUUUAGCAAGAAAUUAAUACAUGCAUUGUAGUGUGUAUGUCAAGUAAUAAACAGACUAAAGUAUGUUGUGUAUAUUCUUAGUUUGCCUUUUGUAGUUAGCACACUAUUUUUAUCAUUAAUAAUAAGGAGAUUGAAAUU